GCACUGGAAGAGUUCUGGAAGACUAACAGCAUCGGUAGGCCAUUGUCGGAGUAUUUCGGCAUGUACGUCCUUGCCAAUGCUAAGACGGUGGACCAUGUAUCUUCGGCUUUCUACGGAGUCUUCGUGCAUUCGAAGCUCAUUGCCAUCGACUACGAUACUGAAGGUGCCGAAGCCAUCGUUGGUAGUGCCAACCUGAACGACCGCUCCUUGCUUGGGGAUCGCGACGCGGAGGUGAGCGUGGCCGUCAAGGGACCCUUCGUCAAGGCGAUGGUCUCUAAACUGAUUGAUGCUCACACAGAGUCUUCGACUUCUUUGCCCAACUCAGCCGAUCUGCAACCGAGUCUAUCGGUCGUAGCCGAAACCAACGCUGAGAGACUCCAGCAGAUCAGCAUCCAGUGGAGCCAGGGCACUGUGCAAAACCGGAAGCUGCUGGAUCAAAAUUCGAAUCCGCGCCCAAACAGCUUUGGGAACGAGCCUGAACAUCUGCCAGAGCUUGAUGUCUCUGAGGCCUUCAUGGUCGGCGCUGGAGUCCACUGGAAGAUUCUGCCUGGACACAUGGUGAAGGGACUGAAGGGGCACCUGCUUCCCUGGAACAUGGCCCUCUGGGGCGAUGCAGAUGUCUACAGGUCCUGGAAGCAUUAUCAUCCGACGGGCGCGUGGCUGCAGGUGUCCUGA